CGACAAUUUACAGCCCAAUCCGAUACACUCUAGAGCCCAAACGAAGUUUUUGAAAUAGACGCACAUAGCCCAAUAGGCAAACACUCCAUAACCAGAAGCUUCGCAUCCGCUUCUCCUCGAUUCCUUGCACGCCGGCAGAAAGAGGCGAUACCUUGAAAAACACCAACAAUGGCCGACGUAGAGGAUAACGACGAGUUCUAUCUGCGUUACUACGUAGGUCACAAGGGCAAAUUCGGGCACGAAUUCUUGGAAUUCGAGUUCCGACCCGACGGCAAGCUCCGAUAUGCCAACAACUCCAACUACAAAAAUGAUACCAUGAUUCGCAAAGAGGUGUUCCUCACGCCCGCCGUCCUCAAGGAGUGUCGCCGCAUCGUAGCCGAUUCCGAGAUAAUGAAGGAAGAUGAUAACAAUUGGCCGGAGCCGGAUCGCGUGGGGAGGCAGGAGCUUGAAAUCGUGAUGGGGAAUGAGCAUAUUUCGUUCACCACUUCGAAGAUUGGUUCUCUUAUGGACGUUCAGUCUAGUAAAGACCCUGAGGGUUUAAGGAUCUUUUACUAUCUGGUUCAGGAUCUGAAAUGUUUUGUCUUCUCGCUCAUCUCAUUGCACUUCAAGAUCAAACCCAUAUGAAGACCAAGCCUAUGAACUCUCAAGAAUUCUUCUGCCUUUUAAGACUCCUCUCAACAGUGUGAUUGAAUCGGUCAUAGGUUUUGUUUGAGUUGAGACAACUAUAUAGCUCCUUAAAUAAGCUGUAUUUCUUUUGUGACUGUUGGCUUCAUUUGUUGUUGACAAAUUGAUCUAUGAAGUUCUGGAUUCAGAGUAUGUUGCCAUUGACCGGGUUAUUUAGGGUUCCAACUAUCUUGCUAUCUCCCUCAAGUAUUUUGAUCUCGGAAAUGUGAUUUUCUGUUGUGAUUCUCGUGCCAGUAUAUUGUUCUAUGUUUAAAUUGUUUUCUCACAUAUCAUACAUUUUAUUUCCAAAACUCGUAAUUUUUCAAUAAAAAUGAAGACAUGUUACGACC